CACAAAUCGUUUUUGGUGAAGCCUUAUCGGCCCGCUACAUACCAAAUCUUGUGAUGAGAGCCUCGUGGAUAUAUCCCUGGUUAGGCCCGGUAUCGCUUCUUCUGGAGUGCAGCGGGGGCCUGGUCUUGGAGCCUCCAUCAGGCGAAGUCUUCAACAGUGUUCAUGCCAAACUCUCCCUCGAAUAUUUCAACUCCUCGCCCCUCAAAUCUCUCAAACCUGCAGUCGAUGCUCGCAUCAAUAUUCUCGUCAAACAGCUCAACCGAUUGGUUGAUGGGCCGAACCGCUUAGCUUUUAUGAUAGUUUCCGACUUGAUUGAAGUGUUUCUUUCGGGACGGAUUGAAGUUGAAGAGACGUGGAAAACGCACAUGGUUGAGAGCCGUUUUUCGACCCGAGACUGCCGGAUUUCCAAGACGUUACCUGGAGAAGAGCCGCUACGACGAACGCUAUACAGCUGGUGCAAGGGGAGUAGACAUGGAUGGUCGAUGUAUCAUGAGGAGCUCACUCAGCGUUGGGCUGAAUCCAAAGUCAACCAAUUGGGGGCUUUCGAAGUGUCCAAGGGCUUGGUCAGGGUUGCAGUGGACUUCCCAUACCUUUGCAAUGGCCUGGCAUUCUUCGCGGGUCUGAUGAUUUCUCGAUCGAAUUUGAACCCAGCAUAUGUGUUGGCGAUCUCCAGAAGCUCCAAUCAACAGCAUGUAUUUGUGGACCAUGAAGCGGCCCAAGAAGUCGAAAAGCCGGCUACAUAUCUUCAGCAAAUCAGACUCUUUUGUGCAACCUUUCAAGAAUACCUGAAAGAGCUGAUCAAGAUAGACCUUCCAUGGAACACAAUCAGUCACUUCUCUCAAAUCCUCAACCUGUCAUUCAUACAUGAACAGAGUCAACCGCUGUUUUGGAAAUACCUGAAUGGAUGGACUGAUCAUCAAGGAGCUGGGAGCCAAUUGCUGGCCCAAUGCUUGCAAGAGUUCUGUGGUUAUUUCUGGAAUGGAAAGGCCUUUGAUAACUCGUUCAAGUACCAUCAGUUUGUCUUCCAAAUCAGCUCCAGAAUCAGGAAGCAUCUCGAGACGAGGACAGAUGGAUCUACAUCUCCCGGGCAAAAAUCGGUCGAGGAAAUCGAAGCGUUCUUUUGCAAGGCCCAAUUGAUAAUGAACUAUGUGGAGGAGUUCUCUCAAACUGUUAAGAAAAAUCAAUGGAUCUCAAGGUUCCAUCCCAGACCGCGCGCAAGUUUAGCACAACUGCGGCAUUUAGCAUUCCUGAUUUGUGAUCACAUGUCACCAAUAUACAAGUUUGAGGCUGAGGUGAAUGUGUUCAACAUCAGUCAAGAACUGGAAUUACAUGGGUUCCCUUAUUGUAUCCAACACACUAUGCUCGCCAUCAUGGGAAACAAACAUUAUUCAUUCGGGGAUCUGAGGCGAACAGUGCUUGCGAUCAUGGAACAAGCUGAACAGAAACAGACAGAUUGGAUUGGGAAAUUAUACGAAAGACUGGAAAUGACAGUCUCACAAGUAGUCAUGAGCUGUCAAUCAGAUGUCCAACCAAGAGCGGAUGGAGUUUAUAUGAAGCAAGAUGGUUUUAGCGAAGAGAUUGUUGCAAGAUUAACAGAACUUGAGCAUUUUCUGAUCCAAGAAUUGAGCUACAAUGAGGUCCAAAACAAGCUCCUCAGCUGGGACAAGGUCUUCCUGGCCGUCAGACAGGAGCUUUCGUCUGCAAGCAGCGAGAAUGUGGACGUGCUCAUCAGGCUCUUGAAACACGGACAUCGGGUCCGCAGGAACUUGCCAGUAUUCCACCAUGCUUAUUAUCUGAUGACACAGACCAACGAAAGGGAGAAGAAAAUAGUGUUUGAAGUGAUGAGGCAUAAGCUAAAAGAGCUUCAAAAAGAGAUGCCGACGCACGCAUUUGAGCGAAUAAGAGAGAUAACCGAGCUCACGCAAGCUAUCUCGAGACAGACAUUGUACAAGGUAUGGACUGACCGACUGCUGGGGAAGCUGACGAAGUUACCGCACAACCUGGCGAUGACAGUUGACGGGCUGAUGGCAGAUUGCUCCAGAGCCAUCCUGCUCAAGAAGAUGGACGCUGUCUGUGCCGACUACAGGGUCCAGACCAUCCUCGAUCCGGUCCGUGACCGUCUCAACUUAGACGCACGAAACUUGCUCAGGAGGGCCCGUCUGUUGCUUGCUUCCAAACGCGUCACCGACGAGGUUCACAUCAUGGCUAAGAUGCUCUUCCACAACGCUUUCGCUGACUUCUCUCUCUUCAAUGUCGGUGAUCUUUAUCUCCGAUUUCUCUCAUUGGUCAAUAAACAAUAAGAAUCU